AUGGCAUUCAGCUUUGGGUUUUCAGGCGACGAUAUUGAUAUCGACGAUUCGGAGACUGAGCAGCCUGUCCAAGAGCAUUCGAUUUCUGCACCGGUUGAGAAUGAACUUCCCACGCCAGUAGAGGCAAAGAGACAUGAAAUGGGAGAAUGGAUUCCAACUCUCCCAUCUCAAAUAUCAUACAACAAGCUUCAGCUCAGUGUAGGCAAUGAGCAAGAUGAUCUGACUAUCGCCCGUCGCGAGGUCUUUGACAUCCGCACCCAGCUCAUGGCAGAAGACAGCGAACAGGAUAAUGAAGAGCUGAUCUCCGGCCUGGAACAUGGUGAUCUCAAGCCAAAUUUCUAUGAAGGAGGUUUCAAGACAUGGGAGUGUGCGAUGGAUUUGGCGAAGCGGGUCGUGAAUGACUAUGCUGUUAGUGAUGUCGACGGCGAUUGCCAUGUUAUUGAGCUUGGCGCUGGUACGGCAGUACCAUCUCUGGUGUUGUUCGCGCAGCUUUUCUCCACAUCGACGCAACAGCGGAGAACUCACUUUACUUUUGCAGAUUAUAACGCUGUUGUUCUACGUCUGGUGACACUGCCCAAUCUUCUCCUUACUUGGAACCAGCACCGUGAGAAGCAGUUGGCGUCAACAGGUGCCCCAUCAUCAGAACAGCAAGAACAGGAACAAGAUGGAAAGCAAGAGGGAGAGCAAGAGGGAGAGCAAGAGGAAGAGGAAGAAGAAUUGGACGUCACUCCCGAACUGCUGGAAGAGUUCCAACAGGACUUGGCUAAACGCGGAAUCACCAUCGAUUUCAUCUCCGGUGCUUGGUCGCCUGCUUUCGUCGACUUGACUUUCUCGCAUUCUCCUAGUGGAAACCAUAAAACAUUGGUCCUUGCUAGUGAGACGAUCUACUCGCCGUUAUCGCUGGGCGCCUUUACUGAGACCUUACUCGCGUUGUUACGGCUGUCUGGAACGACUGAAAGUAAGAGCAAGGCUCUCAUUGCGGCUAAGAAGGUCUAUUUCGGAGUUGGGGGUGGCGUGGAUGAAUUCCUUGCGGUUUUGAGGAAUACUAGCGGAAAUGAAAUGGAUGUGAAGGAAUUGGUGGAUGUCAAGUCUCAAGGUGUGGGCAGGGUAGUGCUUGAGGUUACACAGGCUGGGAGUGUUAAGGCAUAG